UUUGCUAAUGAUCAAGUCGAUCAUUAGAUAGUUAGUUAAUAUAUAACCUAAUUUUGAAAUGCGCCAAAAUCACACAUAUUAUUUAUUUUACCCAUUUACCUGAAUAAUAAUUUUUAGUUCUCUUAUUCAAUGUUGCCAAAGCGUUUGUUACCAAGUACGGAGUAGCUUGCUUUCAAAAAAAAAAAAAGUACGAGUAGCUUUUAUUAAUUUAAAAAAUAAGAUAGCCAUUAUUAUUAGGAGUAGGAGUUACUAGGGAUCUGUACUAGUGUUUUGAGUACAGCUGUGCAAGUAUCAGUUAGACUAACAACUCACCAAAUCCAGUCAAUACCACCUCAGCAUCUGCCCUAUUUUCCGUGACAAAAAAUGUUUCAAUUUCUUAAAAUAAAACAUUUUAUUUUUCUUUCAAACAAAUCUUUCCUCUAGAAUAGAGGUUGACCUUCCAUUCAUAACUUUUUUUCUAAUUUACCAAAAUCAGUCAACCAAUUAAAUAAUUUUUCCUCCAAUUUUUUUUAUUUUAUCAACUUCUUUAAAACACUUCCUCCCUCCUCUCUUCUUCUUCAAAAAACCCCAUUCUUCUUGUCUGAUUUUUUUUUUUUUUUUUUUUAAAAAAAAAACACCCCCCCCAAAAAAAAAAAACCAUUCUUCUCGUCUGAAUUUAAUUUUUAUAAAAAAAACCCAAAAAAUUUCAAUAAAAGGGUAUUGUUUUUAGGGAAAUGAGGGAUGUUUUCAGGGGUAAAAAAAACUGCUUCAUCAUGCUGGCGACCUGUUCGACGAUAUGUCCGAAUGAACAGAGAUAAUAGUAAUAGUAAUAGUAAAAACAAUAGCAAUAACCAUUGCAACUACGACAGUGAUGAUUACUCCGGCAGUAGUUCUAGUGGGGGAGGAGGAAAAUCUGUUUGUGAUCAUCAUCCUUUACUUUGGUCAAGAGAUUUGGAGAAGCAUUUUCUGGGUGAAUUUUCUUUUGCUGUUUUUCAGGCUAAUGAAGUUCUUGAAGAUCGUAGUCAAGUUGAAACUGGUCGUAGUGCUACUUUUGUUGGUGUUUAUGAUGGUCAUGGUGGACCUGAAGCUGCUCGUUUUAUAUCUGAUCAUCUCUUUUUUCAUCUCAUCAAACAUGCUCAAGACAGCAAAACCAUUUCAGAAGAUGUCAUCAGGAAUGCUCUUUCUGCAACAGAGGAUGGAUUUCUUACUCUUGUCUCCCGGACUUACAAAUUGAAGCCCUUGAUUGCUGCGAUUGGAUCUUGCUGUCUAGUUGGUCUUAUCUGGAACGGGACAUUAUAUGUUGCUAAUCUGGGUGAUUCACGAGCUGUAAUGGGUACUUUAGGUCGAUCAAAUAAGAUUGUUGCGGAGCAGUUGACUAGGGAGCAUAAUGCUUCUAUGUCAGAAGUUAGAGAAGAACUUAUGUCUACACAUCCUGAUGAUGCAUCCAUCUUAGUUCAGAAGCAAGGGGUUUGGCGAAUCAAAGGCAUUAUUCAGGUCUCUAGAUCCAUUGGAGAUGCAUACUUGAAGAGUCCAGAACUUGCUCUUGAUCCCUCAUUUCCGCGAUUUCACUUUGCUGAACCUAUUCGCCGUCCUGUGCUAACAGCUGAACCUUCAGUUCACACCAGAACUCUAAAACCUAAUGACCAGUUUCUGAUAUUUGCCUCAGAUGGUCUCUGGGAGCACUUCACUAAUGAUGAAGCUGUCGAGUUUGUUCACAAUAGUCCUCGAGCUGGGAUUGCAAAAAGACUUGUCCAGAAAACACUGAAGAGGGUUGCAAGAAAGAUGAACUUGAAAGAUGAAGAACUGAGGAAUGUGGAAAAGGGGGAAAGAAGAAAAUAUCAUGAUGAUAUAACUGUGGUUGUCAUCUAUUUAGACCACAACUUGCUGAAUCAAGAGAUGAGUCUGUCGAUACCUGAGCUGUCGGUGCAAGGAUUUGUUGAUACUUCUGGUCCAUCCAAAUUCAACAUUCUGCAGCAGACAACCUGAAGGACCUGCUGAGUCUGAAUGGGAGUAUUAGUAAUACGCGGGCUUGGCUUAAGCCAAAUCUGAAGGACUUUCAUUCUUUGGCUGUUCAUGCUGGUUUCAGUGCUACUUAUUGAACCUGUAUAAUAUGCAUACUUAAAGACAACCUGCAUGAGAAAAUCUAGGAAAUUUUUUUCAGGCUUAAAAUCAAAUGAUAGUCUGUACAAAAACUAGUAUAACAUAAGCUCCUGGAGCAUGUCACCAAUUUUGUUUAAUUGAAUGUCAUCGCUAAUUUCCACUUUAACUUUCAAUUACAUGAAUUCAUCUUUAGACA